AUGAGGGAAACAAUUAAUCGCUUAGGUGGUCACCGAUAUUAUUCCAAAUUAGAUCUUAAAUUUGGUUAUUUCCAAAUGCCUACCCAAGAUGAUAAAGAAAAAACAGCAUUCAGUGUUCAAGGUGAUCAUUGGGAAACCAAUGCGUUACCACAAGGUCUGAAAAAUGUGCCCCCCACUUUUCAACGAAUUAUGAAUGAAUUCUUAGUAUAUCAAAGGUGGGAUCAUUGUUUGGUAUAUCUUGAUGAUAUUAGUAUAUUUUCCAAAUCAUUUAAACAACAUGUACAACAUUUGGAUGAAAUAUUAACAGUGUUAAACAACCCCAGCUUCCAAUUAAAUCCAUCAAAAUCUUCAAUAAUUCACUUACAAAUGGAUUAUUUAGGCCAUAUAGUCAACCGCCAAGGUAUUACACCUUAUGGAUAA